CAGGCGUGUUGCGUAACUCACCGUUACUGAACAGUGUAACGAAAUCGUAGAACUUCCUUACGUUGUUGAAAGUGAACUUUUUCUAAUAAUGUAACCACUUCCUCUCCUCCCUUUUUCAUUUUUCUCAGUGAUGCCUUACUUCCCUAUUCACUUUUUCCUCUUCUAAUUAGAUAGUGUUGUUAUUCUUUGUACCCACACCGAGCAAGCUAGCGACAUUCCUUUGACCGCAGAGCCCGUACGGAAUGGCAAACGGUCCAAAAUUAAUUUCCAGCAUCUGCAUCCUCGGCUAGCAAAUGCAUCACAUCCUUCGUACUGGAAGACUUUCAUUAGGAAAUACCUACCAGACAGCCUGGCAUAAGUGUUGCUCUAGCUUUUCCAAGAUGAUGCGUGCAGUUUGUGUUGACGUACCAGGAGGACCAGAGAAUUUACAGAUCAGAAAUGUUCCCAGACCUCAGCCUAAAGACGGAGAAGUCCUGAUUAAAGUUCACGCAACGGCUCUAAACAGGGCAGACUUACUGCAGCGGCGAGGGCUGUACCCUCCUCCUCCAGGUGAGAGUGACAUCAUCGGCCUGGAGGUGGCAGGAACUGUGGAUAGUGUGGGUCCAGGGGUUAAAAGAGGCUGGAGGCCAGAUGAAAGGGUGAUGGCCUUGCUCUGUGGAGGAGGAUACGCUGAAUAUGUUUCAGUGCCAGAGGAGCUAGUCAUGUCCGUUCCCACUAAUCUCACACUCUGCCAGGCUGCUGCGAUCCCAGAGGCCUGGCUCACUGCUUUUCAGCUGCUGGUUUUCGUAGCCCAGGUGAAGGAAGGCGAAGUGGUGCUGGUUCAUGCUGGAGCAAGUGGAGUGGGAACAGCUGCUGUUCAGCUGGUUCGUCUGUUUGGUGCUGUGCCCAUUGUCACUGCAGGGAGCCCAGAGAAACUGAAGAUGGCGGAGAAUCUAGGAGCAGCAGCUGGAUAUAACUACAAAGAGGAGAAGUUUGCUCAGAGAGUACAGGGUUUUACUGGAGGCAAGGGAGCAAAUGUCAUCCUGGACUGCAUUGGCGGUGCAAACUGGGAGCAAAAUGUGAGCUCUCUAGCUACAGAUGGCCGGUGGGUGCUGUAUGGAACCAUGGGAGGCCGAGGAGUAGAGGGAGAUCUGCUGGGAAAACUCCUCUCCAAGCGAGGCCACUUACUCUGCAGCCUCCUCCGCUCCCGUAGCCUUCAGUACAAAGGAGAGCUGGUAGAAGCCUUCUCAAGCAGAGUGUUGCCGCAUUUCUCUAACCAGCCAGCCUCUCUGAAGCCUGUGAUUGACAGCACAUUCAACCUGGAGGACAUCGCAGAGGCUCACAGACACAUGGAGGCCAACAAGAACAUAGGAAAGAUUAUUAUAAAUGUGAUUCCACAGAAUAAGGAAACUCAAUGAUGAACAGCUUCUGUUACAUAGAUGUAAUCUCUUCAAAGUAAAGUAGUUUAAUGUGAAACCAUUUGGAAUUUUUAUUCUAUUACUCUUAUACAUUACACACUGAUUUAGAAUUUUCUUAUUCACUUACAGUACUGAGGAUUUUUCUUUUUUUUAUGUCUUCAGUAACUGUGUUUUAAGCAUGCUGUUGGCUGUGUAAAUGCAUCAGGGAUUUGAUUCUUCCAAUAUUCAUUUAUCAUUCAUUCUUAAUACAAAAUUUGAGAUUUACCAACUGGAGGAGUUGACAACUUGAUUCAAGGAUAGUAAUUUCAAUAUAAUUCCUCCACUUUAAGAGGGAUUAGUUGGUGAAAUAAGAAUUUCAGAAACCCCACAAACUAAAUAGAGCAAUGUUUUUGAAGGUGUCCAAAGGCCUUCAGCAAAAUGUGAUCGUCAAUUACUAUACUGGUACAAAGCUAAUAAAGUUAGCUAAAUUGUCUUGGUUAUCUGAGGCAAUUUCUUUACUUUGUCUUCUCUAGUAGAGGGCAGACAAAUAAUAUUGUUUCUAUAAAAAAUCCCAUUUGGAAAGGACCAGAAGUUGUGCCCACAUUUCACGCAAAGUAGGGAUAAGGUGAAUAAGUUAAAAUGCAUCAAAACUUUUAAAAAGAACUUGAAGUAGAAGCAGUGCUCCCAAAUUGAAAUGUACUGAUGUAGUAAGGGAGUGCUCUUGUGUUAUGCUUUGUAUUUCUUGACCAUCACAUCACAAUAAAAUCUCUAAAAAUUG